UGGAUAGAGGCUGGGAACAUGACUUGUCCCAUCACAAACCAAGUCUUGAGGAGUCUUGAGCCUAUUCCCAAUCACACCAUACGCAAGAUGAUACAGGACUGGUGCGUCGAAAACAGCUCUUAUGGCAUCCAGAGAAUCCCAACCCCCAGGAUUCCUGUGAGUUCCAUUGAGGUUUCGGAUUUUCUUUCGAGGAUCAACACCGCUUGUAAGAAGAAUGACAGACAUGGUUGCAGAGAUUUGGUGGCGAAGAUAAAGACUUUAUGUAAAGAAAGUGAACGUAACAGGAAGUGCAUUAUCAGCAACGGCACGGGUAGAGUUUUAGCUGAAGUAUUUGAAGUUUUCUCUCUUCGCACUGAUGAAAACGCUGUCGUUUUGAAGGAGAUAUUGUCAACUUUGACUACAAUGUUUCCGCUUGAUGGAGAGGCGAGAGCUCGUUUAGGAUCACCCUCGUCUUUGCAUAGCAUGGUAUGGUUUUUGAAAAGUGGAGAUUUGUCUGAGAGGAGAAACGCAGUUUUGUUGAUAAAAGAGGUUGUUUCAUCAGAUGGGAGAAAAGCAGAAGCUUUAUCAAAAAUUGAAGGGGCAAUGGAAGGUCUAGUCCAGCUUAUUAAGGAACCCAUUUGCCCUACUGCUACCAAGGCUUCACUGAUCAUCAUUUAUAGCAUGAUCAAAUCUUCAUCAAGUGAGAAGAUCAUAUCAAGAUUUGCAGACAUGGGUUUAGUCUCAUUGCUGGUAGAAACACUCGUUGAAGCUGAGAGAAGCAUUUGCGAGAAGGCAAUGGCUGUUAUUGAUGGUCUCUGCAGCAGUGAACGUGGGAGAGAAGAGGCAUAUAAUAAUGCUCUAACCAUGCCUGUGUUGGUUAAGAAGAUACUACGGGUGUCAGAUUUGGCGACGGAGGUAUCAGUGUCGAUUUUGUGGAAGCUUUGCAAGAACGAGAAGAGGGAAAACGGCGGCGUUUUAGUUGAAGCUGUUCAAGUGGGAGCUUUUCAAAAGCUGUUGUUGUUGCUGCAGGUUGGAUGUGGGGAGAGAACGAAGGAGAAGGUGACGGAGUUAUUGAAGUUGCUGAAUCUACACAGAGAUAGAUUAGAGUGUAUUGACUCCAUGGAUUUCAAGAACCUUAAAAGGCCAUUUUGAUUUCAAGGCAUGCAAGCAAGCAAUCCAUACAACACAGCCUUCAGCUGUAAUUGAAGUUGUUUAAAUCAUAGAAGAGUAUAAAGGAUGUUCAUGUACAAAUAAUAUUACACACUAAUUUAUUUAUUUUAAACACAUAAUUUCAUUAUAUGUGUUUGUGUGUCGUGUAGUUUUUACUAAAAU